GGAAUACACGCCAAUGUGUUUUACAAGCUCCAGAUGAGUGCAAUCUAUCACUAAACACACGAGCACCUGCACAGAGUCAAUUGACCAAGCCAGGGAAACGUUUUUCGGUGAGAUUGUAUUGCAUCAGGUCAGACUACUCCGCGCUACUUUCUCAAGAAAACGCGCGCACACACAAUGAAGCAAGCAUCUAACUGAUACACAAAGCAAAGCACAGAAAAGUGGUAUCGUGCAAUAAUAGACAGAUGGAAAAAGUCCAGACGCAAACUAGCAGUGAACCACUGCAGCGCUGUAUCCCUGAUGCGUGCCGCGGAACAGGCAUAGAGUAUUAACUUUAUGUUCGCAGGCUGGGGCUCUGUGCUAGGAAACAUGAGAAGGGUGACAUAUUCAGCUUCUGGGGCUGAGAAUCGGAGGCCACUGAAUAAAGCAGAGAGGCGACUGCGGUUCGUGUGGUUUUAGCUCAGGAAUUUAGAACGGGAACAUGUGAGCAGGGAAUGGACAACUGGAAGCAGGAUUACACUACACCGAGAAGCAGGCGGGCUGCCGUACAGGAGACUCACCGGGACACGGGUGCAGCAGCAGCUUCAAUAAGAAGUCAAGUGCAACACUUUCGAGAAGACAGACAGACUUUUACGCAGCAGAUCAUACGGAGGAAUACCGAACCAAAGAUGAAUACUAUUGUGUUUAACAAAUUGAGUAACCAGGUCCUCUUCGAUGAGAAGGCGAAGGAGGCCGAGAGGAGCAGUAGAAAUUAUUUAGAGGUAAUAGAUGGACAGCAUCCGGACCUUCAUCCAGACCUGCUAUCAAGCAAUCAUCAAGUUAUCAAAGACAACAACGGCAUCAGACACAGGAGGCCUACAGUCUGCAACCUUGACAACUACGUUAUGAAAACAAAAUCUGAAAAGGGCCGUCAGAAUGGUGGGAAGGUGCGACACAAGCGCCAGGCUCUACAGGACAUGGCUAGGCCUCUGAAGCAGUGGCUCUACAAACACAGGGACAACCCAUACCCCACUAAGACAGAGAAAAUCCUGCUAGCCCUCAGCUCUCAAAUGACCUUGGUCCAGGUGUCUAACUGGUUUGCAAACGCCAGGCGGCGGCUGAAGAACACAGUGAGACAGCCAGAUCUGAGCUGGGCGCUGCGCAUCAAACUCUACAACAAAUACGUCCAGGGCAACGCAGAGAGACUGAGUGUCAGCAGCGAUGACACCUGCUCAGAAGACGGGGACAACCCUCAGCGGAUGCAGACGAGCGGCGGCGAGUUCAGCAAGCCCAUGUACCAGAGCGUCAUCAAGAAAGAGGGUGCCACCAUGAUGGGGACGGGGCUCCGAGCCGCUGACGCCGCCUCAUUGGCCGAGGACUACGUGACUCCGCCUCCUAAAUACAAGAGCAGCUUGCUUCACCGGUACCUUAACGACUCGCUGAGACACGUGAUGGUGGCCAACAGCGUCAUGGAUGCCAGGAAGAGGAACCACUCGGGAUCCUUCAGCUCCAACGAGUAUGACGACGAUCUCCUCUCCCCGUCGUCCUCAGAAACCGAGGCAAACUUUGUUUAUCGAGCUGAAACCAUGGACCAUGGAUCAAGUAAAUGUGACAAUGGGGGUGUUCAGAAGGAGAAGGUGCGGGGCAAAGACGAGACGUACUGGAAGGAGAUCAACGCAGCCAUGGCCUUGACUAACCUGGCGCAGGGAAAGGACAGCGGCGGAUCAGGGACGACCAGCUGCAUCAUCCAGAAGUCCUCUCAUAUAUCAGAAGUAAAGACUGUCAAAGUGCCUCUGGUGCAGAAGUACUAGCGCCUAUCACGGAGUCGUGUGUCUCCAACUCAUCUUCCCUUCUGCUCUCUAUGCAACACCAACCUUCCCUCUGAAAAUUCACUCGGAAGAGACAGUCAAAAACAAGAAACAAGUACUCUCUUUUUUCUGUCUGUAAAAAUGCAGCAGAACUGAAGACAUCCUAUUUUGUGUGUGGGUUGUGUUUUGACCUGCAUCACAUGCAUUAGACAGGUGUUGACAUGAUCAUCGUUAGCUGCAUUGUUCAGUUCUGAACGAGACUUUUGUUAUGUUAACUUAUUUGAUGUAUCUGAAUUUCAUUUUUUUUUUUAUACUCUGAAAUUUGUAUUGUACUUUUGCCAAAGUGCCUUUUUGGAAGCAAAGCAUCACACCCGUUGUGGUUAAUAAUGUACAGAGUGCCUCUGGGAACAUAAAGGACUAUCUGAAGAGGCAAAAUAAUAUGGUCUUAUAAGCUUCUUCUGAAGGACUCCCUCCCUCCAUGAUAUGUGCCUUACAACGUGAAUGAAUUUAGCUGACCUUAAAUAAUAUCUGUACUGUUCUAAUUUAUCAAGACACAAACAAACACACACACACACACACACACACACACACACACACACACACACACACACACACACACACACACACACACACA